CCCUCAGGAGCCAUGCUGCUGUUGCUGACCUUGGCUCUCCUUGCUGGUGCCACCUGCAGAGCCCAGAAUAUACAGGGCAAUAAUAUCGGCACCUAUUUCUACAUUGUUGAUGAAGGGAAGGGGGAAAUCAAGUCCAUUCGGAUCUUCUAUACAGGGGCCAGACUCCUCAAGGGCAUCCAGCUGCAGUUUCAAAAUCAAUGGAGUGAUAUCCAAGGAGGCCGAUCAAGCCGUUUUGAAGAGUUUCUGAUGAAUGAUGACGAGUAUGUAAUAAAGGUUCUUGGUAGUGUGGGACUCUGCAUGAACUCUCUGACAUUUAUUACCAACAAGGGGACUGAGUUUUCCUUUGGUAAAAAAAAAGGACGUCCAAUUGCAGAGAGUGGAGGUCCAGACCAGCAUCUACAGACUAUCAAUGGUGUAUACUCACACAUCUGCCUCCAAGGGAUAGGCUUUAAAUGGACCGAUAACAUACUGAGGCGUCCUGGAGAACCAGUGCCCACCUCUGGCACUGCCAAAGGGAAGGAAGAUAGCAAAGACAAAAAAAAGGAAGAACAACAAGAAGAAGAAGAUGAUGAUGAUGAUGUCGAUGAUGUUCAUAACAAUUUUGAGGAGUGGAAAGAUGAGAAAAAGUAGUAGUGAGCUCAGAUCUCAGUCGCAUAUCCCCACAUCGUAUGACCCC